ACCUGUAAAUGAAAUGUCAUAAUCAACUUUAGACUUUAAGAUUAGUGUUGAUAUCGGGGUCUAGGUGGGUAAAAAAAAGUAUGUUUACGUAAACGUAAUCUCAUGACGAAUGUUGUCACGUGACGAAUAUUGAAAAUCGCCAAGAAGAAAAGAAGUGAUUAUGGAAAUAUUGGAAAUAAUUGAGAAUAUGGAAAGCGCCUCUGGAUUCAGUCGAAUGAAUUAGCGAAAUGUCGAACAGUGUUUUUCACGACUCGUGCAAAAAUGUAAAUAAACUUUUAAUCAGUUGACUAUACCCGAGUAACUAUUUAAUUACACACGCAAUAUGCGUGUAAUUCUCCAAGUGCUUCGUUUUCCAAAAGCCCAAAGAUGAACGUUCCUUUGUAUGGAACGGGAGCCAUUAUAAUUCUGAUUGUUGCCUUGUUUGACUUUGGAACUGUUCUACAAUUUUUAAUCUGCAUAUUUCUAUUUAUUCUAGGGUCGAUAGUUUAUAUUUACAAGCAAAUUCCUUCAGCUUCUCAAAAUGCAGAUACAUUUUCAAGAGAAGACAUCUCCGAAUCAAGUAAAAGAUUAUGGGAGCGUUUGGAAGAGAUAUCCAAAGAGUCGAAGGAAAAGAUGACCUUCAGUCAAGACCGACGAAUUACGGGUAGUAGAAUUAUUGAUGAAUCUCUACAAGAGAUUUUAGACUUCGUUUUGAGAGAUUACGUGGAAUCGUGGUAUAGUAAUUUUACUAAUGACCAAGAAUUCCUCCACUCAGUUAGAGAUACUGCUCAAAAGAUUAUGAUUAACGUAUCUAACAGAGUAAAAGAAGUAGAUUGGAUUCCCUAUUUAACAACGCGUCUCGUCGAUGAUGCAGCGUCACACAUGAGAUUAUAUCAGCAGGCUAGAGCAAAAAUGAAACAAAUUCAAUUGAAUAAACUGUCAAAAACAACUAGCACGAGUACAUCCGGUGGUACGCCAAAACGUGUACCAACUCAUAGGAGAAAUAUGAGCGACACUGAUAUAUCAUGGUAUUCACAGUCAAAAUUUUAUACGCCAAAUUUAACAUCUCUAACGGAGCCAAAGGAAAAUAAGGAAGUCAAAAAUUGCGAUUCUUUGGAAAAUAUUUUCUUCGAUCUAGAAGUUCAAAUGGAAAAGAAUUUUUUGUGUAGAGAUUUAGUUUGUACAAAUGAAGCCGCCGAGAGGACAUUCCUGACAGAAAUUUCCGAGGUCAUUUUAUAUUUAGUUCUGCCAAAGGAGGAUUUCGAUUGUAUACCAUUAAGAUUUUUCCUAAGGGAUUUAUUCGUUAAUGUCAUAAUCAGGCCCCUAUUGAAUCUACUUUCGGAUCCUGAUUAUAUUAAUCAAACUUUUAUAUGGCUGUGCUCUAAAGAAAAAAACUUGCCAAGCGAUAUUUUCCUAACGGUUAUUAGAAUAACAGACAAUCUAGAUGAAUUAUUAGCGACAAAUAACAUAGUUAAUAGAAGAUUAGCCUAUAUAAGAUCCAAAGAAAUUGGAGGUGAAGACGAUGUGUCUAUGAAACAGGAACUAAACAGUCUUCUCUAUAUGAAAAAAAUUCUCGACACUCGAAUAAUUGUAAUGCAAGAGGGUUUAAAAUCGGAGAACGAUUCCUCCGAGCAAAUUCCCGAAUGGAAUAGAUUUCUCCUGCCGGGUCAUAAAUUAAUUCACUUGCCACUCGACGAAUUAUUAAAAAAUAACAUUGCCCUAAGUUAUUUUAUCGAUUUCAUGACAAGCAUCAAUGCCGAGGCGUAUCUUUAUUUUUAUUUAAAUAUUUACGGUUGGCGUGUCUCAGCCGAGCAGCAAAUAUCUGAAAUUGAAUUGGAAAAAAUUCGUCGACUACAUUCGUCAACAAUGAAAGAUGUGAAACGUCGGCACACCGAUUUAGGUAAUCUUAAGGAAGCAGCUGUUAAAAUUUAUCAACAAUAUUUGACCGAUAAAGCAAAUAUCAAAUUACAAUUGGACGAUACAUUGGUUAAACAUCUUCUAAUGAGAAUAAAAAAUGAAUCAAUUAAAGAAACAUGGUUUGACGAGCUUCAAAUUUGUUGCUAUGAAAAAUUAAAGAAUGACGAGAGAUUUUUACCAGCUUUCAAAAGAUCGGCGUCGUAUGUUAAACUUUUGGCUGAAUUGGAUUUAUUGAAAGACUCGGCAUCCGAGGAUGAUACAAAAUCUCUGGAUAGUAUUAGUGUGUCGAGUAUGAAUAAUGAGACAGAUUUGGAUCAAGCCUCAUGGUUGGAGAGUCAAAAAAUGGAGACUCAAUCGAAUUCGAGUUCGUCGUCGGGCAGUCGUGUGGGAAGUGAUUUUCGAUCAGUUGACGAAUUGGAGGGCGAUCGAGGAAGUUUAAAGGAAUUUAAAAAAUUACCAAAACAAAGUAUCGAGGCGGAAAGAGUUGCAGAGGGAAGAGAAGCAACGGCAUACUUUGAGUCGAAUGCAGAAAAUCUUUUUCCCCUUGACGAAAGUCUUCAGGAUGAGAAUGUCAUCAAGAAAUUGCAACAGGGACGUUUUCGAAUUACAGCGACAAUAAUUGAGACGGGCAUUGUCAGUGAUAAGGGAAAAACAUAUGGUAUUUACGCGGUGGCGGUGACAAAAACAUUCGAAUCAGGUUAUCAAGAGAAGUGGCAUAUUUAUCGACGUUAUUCCGAUUUUCACGAUCUCUAUCAGCGAGUUAAGGAAAAAUAUUUUGAUUUAGCGAAAAUUCCAUUUCCCGGUAAAAAGACAUUUCACAAUAUGGAACGUUCUGUACUCGAAAAACGAAUGGUCAUGCUGAAUGCCUGGUUGAAUCAAUUAACGAAACCAAAUAUCGCCGAUGGUCACAUGGGUUUGCAAAAUUUGCUUCUCGCUUUUUUGGAGCAGGGAGAUUAUGAUAAAGGCGUCACCGGAGGACAUAUUUCACGAACGAUUGACACUUUGGUGAAUCCUUUAAAAUCAUCAAUGAAAACGGUGACACAGGCAGUAAAAACAAUGCCAGACAAUAUGAUAAGCACUGUGGACGGAGUUAUGGAUAAAUUAUUCGGAAGUGCAAAGAAGAAUGACAUAAUUUAUGAAAGUGUAAAAGUUGGAGCUAGUUUAGACACAGAGACCGACGAUAAUAUUCCCCUGCGAAUAAUUCUUCUCCUGAUGGACGAAAUUUUCGAUCUAAAGGUCAGAAAUCAAUGGCUGAGACGAAGAAUUGUUACACUCCUAAGACAAAUAAUUCGAACCAUGUUUGGUGAUAUUGUAAAUAGAAGAAUUAUAGAAUACGUUUCGGAGCAAACGAGUCCGAAAAAUGUUGCAAAGUACUUGAAUAUAUUCAAAAAUAGUUUUUGGCCUAAGGGCAUGAAAGCUGGACCUAAACCACAUCGCACUUCCGAGAUGAAAAGCAGAACGCGAAUCGAUGCCAAGGUUGCGCUUCUCGCCUGUUUUUCCGAUGAACUUAAACAUAUCAUAGGUAGCGAGACCACACGCUGUGGAUUAUUAAGAGUUUUCGAACUCUUUCAGCGACCUGUGUUAAAUAGAAGACUGCUAUAUGUACUACUAGAAGGAAUUAUCGAAACUCUAUUUCCAAAAAGGGAUUUCGUUUCGAUUAUUAGAAAAUUAUACUCAGUUUCGCCACAUGUCAAGAAUAAAACUCAGGCCAAAUCUUGACGAAACUAAUAUUAUUUAUUUUUAUUUUUUUGCAUCUAUAGAAAAAGGAGAUGAUGAUGAUAAUGAUGAUGAUGAAAAAAAAUGCUAAUAUGUGAUUAUUUGCCAAAUGGAUAUUUAGAGCUAAAUAAGAAAUUCAACGUAUGUAACAGGUGAAAAAUAUUCUUGCGUGAUAGCUCCAAAGUCAAUUUGAAACUACGUCACACUUUAUAUAAUACAAUUAGCAAACUAACUGAUUUCCACUAA